GUGACGGUCGGUCAGGGCAGGUGACAGGAGGAUUGGGGAGGGAACCUGAGCUCUGUUCGAUAUCGGUUUUUUAUCAGCAUGCUGCCGGUCUAUCCAUAUUUGGAAGUACCGCGCUGGCGUUUCUCGGCCCCUCAUUGGUGAACCGCACAGACCACGUGAAUUCAACCAAUGAGAAGCCGAGAAACGUAAGUAAGCUGGCAACCAGCUGAUAAAAAACGGCGAUCGAACAGUGCUCGGGUGUCGUACAGAUAACACAGGUGAAUUGAAGCUAGUGGUGCAAUCUGCAGUGGUGUAUUUCUUGUCACUCAUCAGUCAAGUCAAUCGUCAAUCGACGCUUGUGGGAGACCGUUUACUAGCAGUGAAUAUUUGUGGUGACUCUAAGAAAGCAAGUGAUCAUUUGGUCUUUGACAAGUUAUCUGAUCAUUUGAUUGGCUGUGGAGUUCGCUGCUGAUUCAUCUCAAUACGGACGCACAGACAGACUUGUGAAACAAUUGUUUACUCGGCGUGUGGAGGACUGAAGUUUCUACAAGAUAGUGAGCUUUUAGAGACGCCAGAAACUUGGCUUGAGAAGUGUUUCAUGUGCCUACUGUAAUAUAAAUGUGCUUACAAGGACUACCCGCAUGAAUAGCUGAAAACUUUCCGGAUUAUUCAGCAAUUACAAGACGCAUUUACUUGAAUAUAUUGACACUAGAAGUGAAACUGGGCAAGAUAUUGCGCGACUCUACCAAGUUGGAACCGUCCCGUUUUCCAACACGUACUUUCGAACAACAUAUUUUGAACUUAAAACUGGCUCAGUGAGGUAAUCGGAAUCAAAUGACAAAAUGGGAUUCGCGAAAGAAAACUUAUUGCGGAUACCGACCAUGGUCAAGAUCGGACAAGUAGUGCUUCUUUUCAUCACCAUCGGCGUCGCUCAAGGCGGCCACUCCCAUCCCGGCUUUGGCGGUGCCGUGAAUGCCUACAUAAAUGAUUCAACCAUUGAAGAUCAAGCUGUUCACUGCAUUGAAGACAAGCACUCGUACUUUUUCGGUGCCGGCAUCUGCAUGUGCUACCUGCUCAAUUGCUGCGUGCUGGUUAUUUGCUACCUCCUCGGCGAUACCAAGACUCAGUUCUCCAAAUUCGAGCUGGGGAUGUCCGUCAUUGGCAGCGCGUUGUUCCUGGCCCUGGCUAUGAAGCUGUUCGUGAGCAGCAGUGGCGACAGCACCGCCGGAGGAGAGGACGACACGGCCAAACUCAUCACCGAAGGAUGCUGCUGCGUGGGCGUCGCCGUGCUUCAAAUUGUCGACGCCAUAUUUAUACAUAUUCGCAUUAAAGACAACCCCACCGAUUGACACCAUAGGAGAGACGAAAGCAUGUGAUAUUUUGCCGCUAAAGAGCAGUGUCUGUUUUGCUAUUUAGGAGUGUUUAAAAUGCGUCUUGACGUUUCAUUGCCUUUGUGAAAACUGCUGAGAUAGGAACUGAAAAAUAAACCGCUUCAU